AUGACUGCUUCUGUUGCUGCCGCCGCCGCCGUAGCCAGCAUCGCUGCUCUCAGCGCUCUGGUUCCAGCGCUGCCCCAAACGGUCACCAACGGUGCUUCGGUGCUGGGUACUCUCUCAGCCCCAAGCCUGUCACUCACCGGGGUGGAUGGUAUCGUGUCCUGGGGAGCCAAUACAGUCAGCAACUACAAUCCCUACCUCACAGACUUUAGCAGUGGUCGUCAGGGUCCUACAUACAAUUUCAAUAUCGCUCGUGGCUUCAUCUCUCCCGAUGGAGUGAACCGAAGCUCUAUUCUUAUCAACGGGGCAUUUCCGGGUCCGACCAUUGAAGCUAAUUGGGGCGAUACCAUCACCGUGAACGUAUGUAAUCAGAUCACGGGCCCUGAAGAAGGCACUUCUUUACAUUGGCAUGGACUUCUGCAAAAGACUAGCCCUUGGUUUGACGGUGUUCCUGCUGUCGAGCAAUGCCCUAUCGCCCCUGGAACAUGCAUGACCUAUUCCUUUCUUGCGGAUGUUUAUGGUACAUCUUGGUAUCACUCUCACUACAGCGCUCAGUACUCUGCCGGUGUCGCUGGAGCUAUGAUCAUCCACGGUCCAUGCCAAGAACAAUAUGAGUACGACGUCGGACCAAUCCUCCUCAGCGACUGGUAUCAUCAAACAUACGAGCAGAUCGUCGACGAAGUCAUGGCUUCUCCCCCUAAUCCUCUUCCUCCGUUUUCUGAUAGCAACCUGAUUAAUGGCAAGAUGAGCCUUGAUUGCGCUCAAUUCCCGAACAAAGCCGAGCAAUGCACAUCGAAUGCCGGCCUUUCCAAAUUCCAAUUUCACUCCGGCAAGAGGCACAGACUUAGGCUCAUCAACAGCGGCGCUGAAGGCAUUCAACGUUUCACCAUUGAUGGCCACAAAAUGAGAGUCAUUGCCAACGAUUUCGUACCCGUCGAGCCGUACACUACCGACAUGGUCACUCUAGGUGUUGGUCAACGUACCGAUGUCAUCGUCCAGGGCACUGGCCCACCCAACUCCACCUUCUGGAUGCGCUCUGAUCUCAGUCCUACUUGCGAUACUGCCAGUCACCCUUAUGCCUUGGCCGCCAUCUACUACGAACAUGCGGAUACAAAUUCCGUGCCCAAUACCACGGCUACCCCCUACGAUGACAGCAAAUGUGGCAACGACGAUCUCUCUUUGACGACUCCAUACUACAAAUUCUCACCGACCAAGGACCCUGCAGUAACUCAAGACCUCACCAUCACAGCCCAUACCAACGACAGCAAUGUCUUCCUCUUCUACGUGAACAACCAGACCUUCCGCGCCGAUUACAACGCCCCCAUCCUCCCCCUCGCCGUCGCCGGCAACCUCUCCCUCCCCGACCCGGACUGGCAAGUCCACAACUUCGGCACCAACGCCUCCGUCCGCCUCGUCGUCUACAACACCUUCGUCGCCUCGCACCCCAUGCACCUGCACGGGCACAACUUCAACGUCCUCGCCGAGGGCUUCGGGACCUGGGACGGCACCGUCACGCACCCGCGCAACACGCAGCGCCGCGACGUGCAGCUGGUCCAGGGGGGCUCGCCCGAGAACCCGGCGUACCUCGUGUUGCAGUACGACACGGACAAUCCGGGCACGUGGCCCUUCCACUGCCAUAUCGCGUGGCAUGUCAGUGCGGGGCUGUAUAUCAAUACGGUCGAGCAGGAUGUUCUGUUGAAGGAGAGGCGGUUGCCGGCCGUCGUCGAUAAAACGUGCAGGGCGUGGAACGCUUAUACGGCAGCUCACGUGGUGGAUGAGAUUGAUUCGGGGGAGAAGAGGCGGUUUGCGAGGGAUUUUUCGCUCGGAUGA